UGGUGAGUCCAAGCUAAGAUGGUUUUGAAAGGAUGAGUGUUAUACAAGUCAGAUUUAGUGCUGUGCUAACAUGUUUAUGCUAAGGGUGGACAGCUGGCUUAGGCCAGCCUGCAAAGACUGUGUAAGGCUGCAGAAACGUGGUUUUGAACCAGCUUAGGUUGUGUGCUUUCAUUGUAUAGCAUAUGUUGGGUUUUAAGUUUACCUGAUGUUUAUGUAUGUUCUUUUGUGAGUUGAGGCACAGACCUCAUGGGGCUACAGACAAUAUAUACAAAAUAUAUUUGAAGGCAAGUACUUGACUUGGAACUCUGUAGUAGUAGAUUACUCUUGUUUGGAAGGGUCUACAGGCAUAUAAAUAACAGACCCCUUCUGAAUUAGUUGGUUGAUAGGUUGGGAAGGCGAUGAUAAAUCUCCCCCAGUGAAAAAACUGAAAAGUUUCAGCUCCCACUGUAUGUAUACUUUCAAGUAUGUUAGCAUAUUGGUGUGUGUGAGACUUCUUCAAAGAUACAAGGUAUUUGCAGUAAAGAAAACUGAAAGAUUGUAAUAACUUCAAGAUUUAAUUGGGACAAACCCAAUUCUUUUUCCUGUUAUUAGUUAAAGUACAAGUCCUAAAGGUUUAUGGGAUUUUUGAUGCUUAAGUUUCCCAUCUUUUAUGUAAUAUUUUUGAUUUAAGGUUUUAAAUCAUUUCACUUUUAUAGUUCAUGCUGUCAUCUUGCUUAUACAGCAGUUGCAUUUGUUUCAUGUUAAAGUAUAAUUAAUUUAUUUUCUUUUGAAAAGUCAAAUUAAAACAAGUUAAUUCACCUCAAGGAACAUCUUGGCCAUAGAAAUAAUGUAUUGUUUAGCACUGAGCAAGUAAAACCAAAGCCUGUUUUCUAAUUUAUUAUUUUUCUUUGCUAGGUCACUGUUCCAUGUAAGAAAAAUUACAGACUACAAAUAUGGGAAAGAAACGCAUCAAAGGCAAACCUGCACAGUCUGAUGAGUCUCCAGAUACGCUGGAACCUGUGUGCAAGCAUAUUCGUAAAGGAUUAGAACAAGGUCAUCUGAAAAAGGCACUGCUGAAUGUGGAAUGGCAUGUUUGUCAGGACUGCAAGGCAGAUAAUAAGACACAAGAGAAGUCUGAAGAGGAGACCAGUGAAAGCCCUUCAAUAUGGUUAUGUCUAAAAUGUGGCCAUAUGGGCUGUGGCAGAAAUUCUCAAGAACAGCAUGCUUUAAAGCAUUAUGAAACGCCAAGAUCAGAUCCCCAUUGUUUGGUUCUCAGUUUGGACAACUGGAGUGUGUGGUGCUACAUAUGUGAUAAUGAAGUUCCAUAUAGUACUUCAAGCCGAUUGGGCCAGACUGUGGAUUAUAUUAGAAAACAAGUUUGCACUGGCUCAUCACAUACAGUAAAGCAACAAGAGAACAAAGAAUUUGAAAAUAAAAAAGUAGAAAAGGACAGCAAAAAUGAGCAAGAAAAAGAAGUCUCACUUAAAGAAGAGAAUUCUAACUCAAGUACUAACUCGGAAGUGACUGUGAAGGGACUUAGUAACUUGGGGAAUACAUGUUUCUUUAAUGCAGUGAUGCAGAAUUUAUCACAAACUCCAGUCCUGAGGGAGCUGCUUAAAGAAGCUAAAAUGUCUGGCACAACAGUUAAAAUUGAGUCACCUGAGUUAUCCAUGGAACCUCAGCUGAUAAAACUCGAUCAGCCAGGUCCUUUGACAUUAGCCAUGUAUCAGUUCCUGACAGAAAUGCAAGAAAUAAAAAGAGGGGUCGUCACUCCUAAGGAACUUUUUGCUCAGGUUUGUAAAAAAGCAAUACGAUUUAAAGGUUAUCAGCAGCAAGACAGUCAUGAGUUGCUUCGUUACUUACUUGAUGGAAUGAGAUCAGAAGAAAUGCAACAAAUAAGUGUUGGAAUACUGAAGGCACUGACUGACUCUAAAAAACAAAAUGAAGAAGAAAUGAAAAAGAAAAUUAAAGAUUAUGAAAAGAAAAAGGGAAUACAGAGUUUUGUGGAUCGGAUUUUUGGUGGAGAAUUAACCAGUACAAUUAUGUGUGAGGAAUGCAGAACCGUAUCCUUGGUCCAUGAGUCUUUUCUUGAUUUGUCACUUCCUGUACUAGAUGAUCAGAAAGUAAAAAAUACAAAUGAGAGAAACAUUAAGAAAAACAAAGAAAAGGAAUCUGAAGAUGAAGAGAACAAAAAUGAUGACUGUUACCUUAAGCAGAAAGAUGAGCCCCCUGGUACAAGUAAGCACCUUCAGAAAAAAGUAAAGAAACAGGCCAAAAAACAAGCCAAGAGCCAGCGCCGUCAACAAAAACUUCAAGGAAAGGUGCUUCACUUGACAGAUAUCUGUGCAACUGAACAGCCAGAAAAAGAUGUUGAAUACAACCAAGAAUCAGAGGCAGAAAUUGGCUCUGAAAUGCCUGAUACGAAGCAAGAAGACAAGUCAUCAAAUGAUUGCAAAGAUCGCUGCUUAACUCAAAAAGACUUGAGUAUUCAGGGAAAUAGUAUAGAAGUUCAGAGCAUGCAUGAAAAUACAGGAAAGCCAGAACAGGAGUGUGAAGAAAAGGAAUCUCUCAGGGAUCUCCCUAUGGAAGGCUUAGAUUGUCCUGGAGAGUUAGUCAAUGGACUUGACAAUAUAUCUUUGAAAGAUGAAGAUGAUGAAAAUAAUGAGGAAGAGCUUGCUUCUGACUUUUCAAAACUACAUUUGGGUGCCAAUACUGAAUCUGAUAUGAGUACCUUAGAUGACCUACAGUCUGUUCCCAUCAAGACAUGUGAAGUAUUGACUGAAGAUCCAGAAACAGCAUUUUGUACUCUUGCAAAUAGGGAAGAUCUGAACCCGGAAGAAGGUUCAAUCCAUCACUGUUUGUAUCAGUUUACCCGUAAUGAAAAACUUACUGAGACCAAUAAACUACUGUGUGAUGUAUGUACACAAAGACAUGGACCAAAGAAGAACAUGAAAAGUGAAAAAUACAUUUAUACUAAUGCCAAAAAGCAGAUGCUAAUCUCUCUUGCUCCUCCAGUUUUAACUCUUCACUUAAAAAGGUUUCAACAGGCUGGAUUUAAUCUCCGGAAGGUUAACAGGCAUAUCAAGUUUCCAGAAGUGAUAGACUUGGCUCCUUUCUGUACAGCUAAAUGUAAAAAUGUGGCUGAAGGGAAUACAAAAGUAUUGUACUCUCUCUAUGGAGUUGUUGAGCACAGUGGAACAAUGAGGUCUGGGCACUAUACUGCAUAUGCUAAAAUGCGAAGUAUGAACAACCAUCUCUCUGAUCUUGUCCUUCGAGGGCAAUCUCCUCAAGCUUUAGAAACUGAACCAGUAAAAGGGCAGUGGUUCCACAUCAGUGACACCCACGUACAAGCUGUGUCUGUGUCAAAAGUGCUGAGCUCUCAAGCCUAUCUUCUCUUUUAUGAGCGACUCCUUUAACUCAUCUGAGAAACCUUCUUAUAGGUGUUGAGAGGUGGUUAUCUUCAGGUGGUCUGAAAGAAGCAAGACUUGCAAAUCAUGGUCUUAACAUGUUGUAGCUACUGUAUACAACUGAAGGAAUAUACUUUAUGCUUCGUAGACAUGCUGACAAGUGGUUAACUUAUACUUUUCCCAGUGUUUUCACUGCUUUUAAAUAAAGGCCUUUUACAAAAUUACAA